CGCGCGCGUCGCAUUGCAAGACACUGCCGGCUGCCGACUCGCAGGUAUUACUAAAUUACUUAGCAAGAAUGAAGUCUAUCGUGCUGUGCCUGGUGGCGGUGGCGAUGGUGGCCGCGGCUCCUCAGCGCGAGGGCGCCGCCUACAGCAAGGAAGCCAUCAAGCAGGCACAGAGCACCUUCCUCAUCCCCAAGGAUGCCGUCAUCCAGAAGGUACAAGAAGGAGUAGAGCUGGCCGCUUAUGAAUCUAUUCCAGUCAAUCAGAGAAUCAAUCUUUUCGAGAUCCUCGGCGACCAGCUGCCCUAUGAGGUUAUCAACAACCUCCAAUCCAAGAUCGACAACGUUGGCCGGCAAUAAACCAUAACAUUAGAAUAAAUAUAUAACAAUUGGAAACCAGUAACUGAUGACAGGGUACACACCAAUAUAACACAGAAAGAAUAAUCAAAUUCUAGAUAUAAUAAUCGUGCUGGUAACAUGAACUAAGAGAACCAAGUUUCAGAAGAAGCAACAAAGAGUGCAGUAUAUAUGUAUAGUACGUAUGCAGUACACCCUUCAGUAAUCGUUACUGAUUUCGAAUCGUAAGGGCCCAGGACCCAUUUGUUGUGUAAUAUUUAAUUUAUUGGUGUCGCAAGUACAAGCAGAAUGUGAUAUUGUAACAUCUUUUUAUGUUUGUAGAUAAAUUUGAUUUUUAAAUAUAUGGUCGCCAUAUCCAA